UCCAAACCUGCUGCAUUCCAACUUCAUUUGGUUGUUUGCAGUGUUUGUCAAUACAAGUGUAGAGCAAACCAACAUUAUUGUCAUGGAGAAGCUUAACGAUGACCUGGUCAAGCACAAGGACUAUGUAUAUGCAAAAGAAUUUUCCACCGCUGAGCUUAUUGACUCUCUGCAGACAUUUGAGAUCAGGGACAGUGACAUUUUUCUAGUCACUUACCCAAAGUCAGGAACCAUCUGGACACAGCAGAUCAUCACGUCUAUCUGUGAUCAAGAGAUAUUGGAUGUCUACAAAAACAAUUUGGAGAAGAUGCCAUGGCUGGAGCGUAAAGGUGAAGGACGUGACUACUCCUUGCGCCCCAGCCCGCGGCUGUUUGCCUCCCACCUCACCCCUGCACUCAUGCCCCCAGGCCUGAAAACCAGGAAGGCAAAGAUCAUCUAUGUGAUGCGCAAUCCGAAGGACAACGUGGUCUCCUACUAUCACUGGAGUUUUAACUGGGCCGCGUUAAACAACCCAAAGAGCUUUGAGGACUUCCUGGAUCGGUGGUUAGAAGGGAAUGUUUGUGGUGCGUCCUGGUUCAAUCACAUCAAAGACUGGCAUGGCAAGAGAGACCAGUACAACAUCCUGUUCCUGACCUACGAGGACAUGAUCCUGGAUCUGAAAAAAGCUGUGACAAAGAUCUGCUGCUUCCUGGAGAGGGACCUGAGUGAAGCAGAUAUCGACAAGAUAGUGGAAAAAGCAACAUUUAAGAACAUGAAGCAUGACCCCAAGGCGAACUAUGAGUUCAUACCGGAGGACAGGGUCAAGAAGGGCCAGUUUCUACGCAAGGGAAAAGUUGGGGACUGGAAGAACAUGUUCACUGUGGCCCAGAAUGAGAGUUUUGACCAGAUCUUUAAGGGGCGGAUGAAGGAUGUACCUCUAAAGUUCAUCUGGGACAUAGAUCAGCCAUUGUACUGAUUUGAGCCACAACUAGCUUUAGCUUUAGUGGUCUUUCACACAUUCACCAGUUCUUGCAGUGGAGAGAUGAUUUCCACGGCAACACAAGACUGCUGUGAUACAACCAGAUGAUACGGCCAACAAUCAAAUGCAGUGUGUUGAUAAAUGAGAAAAUUAUAAUUGUCAAUUAUAGACAGAUAUAAGUCCAAUGCAGGAAUGGUUAAUGAAAAGCUAACAAACCUAUUAUUAAAGUACUUAUUACAGAGAGGUUCACGCAAAACCUGGUCAUGUACCACAGAAAACAAAGAAAACAA